UGUCUUAUUCAAAAACAUUUAAAGCAAAAUGGGAUCGACGACGGUUCAGAAAUCAGCUUUGCUGUUAUGUGGAGACUACAUGGAAGCCUACGAGACGAUAGUUCCUCUCUACAUCCUCCAAUCGUUUGGCGUUACCGUUCACUGCGUUUCACCCAACCGCACCGCUGGGGAUCGCUGCGUUAUGUCUGCCCACGAUUUCUCGGGUCUCGAGCUAUACACCGAGAUGGUCGUUGACCAGUUGACCUUAAACGCCAAUUUCGAUGACGUCACACCCGAGAAUUACGACGUCAUCAUCAUCCCAGGAGGACGAUUCACGGAGAUUCUCAGCGCCGAUGAGAAAUGCGUCGAACUCGUGGCGCGAUUCGCCGAGUCCAAGAAGCUCAUCUUCACAAGCUGCCACAGCCAAGUUAUGCUGCUGGCUGCCGGAGUCCUCGCCGGCGGUGUGAAGUGCACGGCGUUUGAAAGCUUGAAGCCUCUGAUCGAGCUCUCCGGUGGCGAGUGGUGGCAGCAGACUGGGAUACAGAGCAUGUUCGAGAUCACCGACUGCGUUAAAGACGGGAGCUUUGUGAGUAUGGUUGGUUGGCCUACGCUUGGUCAUGGGAUUAAGGUUUUGCUUGAAUCUCUUGGUGCCAGAGUCUCGAGCUUGAAGAAGGAUCAAGCUUCUGUGCUUUUCCUCAUUGGGGACUAUGUAGAAGACUAUGGGAUCAAUGUACCGUUUAGAGCACUUCAAGCAUUAGGUUGUAAAGUGGAUGCAGUGACACCAAACAAGAAGAAAGGAGAGGUGUGUGCAACGGCGGUUUAUGAUCUUGAGGAAGGACGGCAGAUUCCUGCAGAGAAGCGUGGGCAUAACUUCUUUGUGACUGCAUCGUGGGAUGAUGUGUGUGUGGAUGAUUAUGACUGUGUAGUGGUACCAGGAGGGAGAUCACCUGAGCUGUUGGUUAUGAAUGAAAAGGCUGUUGCUUUGGUUAAGAAGUUUGCGGAGAAAGAUAAGGUUUUUGCAGCUAUUGGACAGGGUAAAUUGCUUCUUGCAGCCACUGGUCUUCUUAAGGGGAAGCGAUGCGCGAGUGGGAAGGGGAUGAAGGUGAUGGUGAAGGUGGCUGGAGGCGAGGCUGUUGAAUCAAAGGGAUGUGUAACUGAUGGGAAGCUUGUGACGGCAGCAUCAGCCUCGGAUUUGCCUGCCUUUUUGUUUGAUUUAUCAACUGCUCUUGGUCUCACUGUCAUGUUCUAAGAGUUUGCAACCAAAAACAUAAAAAAAGAUGGUUUGAGUAAUAUACUAUAUGUUCAAUUAUGUCCCACUGAAGUGGAAAAAAGAAGAAGAGAGAUUAUAUUGUAGUCUCUCUGCUUUCAUAAAUUCAUAACAUUCCAACAUGAUUUGUUGCUGCUACUUCUUUUUAACCGCACAAAAGAGUUGGUUUGCGUAGGAUACGUACAGUCUAGUUAUUGAAACCCCAUGUUAGAUCAAUGCAUCAUGCAUGCUUUGAGUUAGAAGUAAUAUACAGAAACAGAAAAUAUAUUUUAUGAAUAUUUGCACAA